AGUAGCUAAGCGUAUGGCGAGGAGGCCAACAUGGCGCACCUCAAUCAAAAAGCGUUUGAACGCAAGCUGCAGAAUAUGUCGUCCACGCAAGACAGUAUUCAAACAGUCUCGCUUUGGAUGAUUCACCAUAAAAAGCAUGCAGAAGACAUGGUGGUUGUUUGGCUGGAGCAGCUGAAGAAAGGUAGGGCUUUGAUAAUUUUGUUCUUCCAGCAGACCCGUCUAGGCUGCGAUAAAAUGGAAGUUUCGUUUCCCGGCAGGUUCAGCCGGUGGUCAUUGAAAAAUGUAACAGUCGAAUUCUAUUUUUGUUUCAGCUUCAAAGGCAGACAGACGGCUGAUGUUAUUUUAUCUAGCGAACGAUGUUCUUCAAAAUAGCCGCAAGAAAGGAAAGGAGUUCUCCAACGCUUACACCAAGAUACUUCGCGAUUCUAUGCACCUUUUGAGGUUUGUGCGAGUUUCCUGUCCCGUGUGAGAUAUGUAUCCGCCUAAACAUGUUCACAGAUCACCCAGUAUCUCAUUUAUACUUUCAACUUAAUUUCAGUGACAAAACUAUCAAGGCUAACGUCCAGCGGGUCAUUAAAAUCUGGGAAGAGAGAAGGUUGUUUGAAAAGGAUUACCUCGAGGCCUUAAAAACCAAACUUGGUAUGAUCUUAUUUUGUAAAUACGUUGUGGUGUGCUAAGUAAUUUUUUAAUUGUCUAUUUUAAGAACAUACUUGUUGGCAGUCGUUUACUGCGUAAGUAAACAUCUACUGCAAGCAACAUUGCUCUCUAUAUUUUUUGUUCCACUUUGUUUCUCUUACACCAGGUGUUUGAUUGAUUGUGUACAGUUGACUUAAUGCUGGUCAGCUGACCCCCUCCCCCAUAUGUAGUAAGAAAUAGUAGUCUUGGUUGCUUUAUGUCGUUAGGCUCCAGCUGUACAGAUCACCCUUGUAAAAUUCAAUUUGUUGCGUUACUCAUUGUACCAGCUAGUGCAAUCAAAAUCUGUGCCAAUUUUGAUUUCACAUGUAAUGUUAUUCCAUUGAUGGUGGUAGUCUAUUCUCCUCUAAAGCACUGAAUUAAACUUGAAAAAAAUCGUAUUGCAUCAUUAUCAGCACAGUCAACUCCCUUUAUGGCAUACACUGUAGUGACCUCGAGUUAGUGUCCUUAUUAGCAAGUGUCUGUAAUAGCGGGAGUUAAUUUCAUUCAAACAUCUGCCAUUUAUUUUCACCAGGGAUUUAGUUGCUGUCCGUAUUAUUGGGGUGUCCGUUACAGCGGGGUACAGUCCGUAAGGCGAGAGUUGAGUGUACAGAAACUUUCACCUGUUCAUUAUUAUGUCACUCACUCUGUAAUGAAAUAUUUUGAGAAGGAUACAAUUUUAAGUGAAUCUUUCUAAUCUUUCAAAAUAUAGUAGUAAUGUCAAUCACUACCACUCAACAUUAAGUUAAACCCAUCGCCAGUAGAUGGGUGUGGGGAAGGUGCUUGGUCAAACGGGGAGCCACAAUCAAGCGCAGAAGGUAACCAUAACAACAAUGUGAGGGUUAAUCACCAGGCACUGUCACACUGAGAAACUCAGUGGGGAGUUUUGCAGUUACAUGUACUAAGCAAGGGACAUUCUGAGGGAAGGGAGGGCUGGGAGCAAAAACAGCUAAAGUGACUGCAUCAGAGGGCAAUGUGAGUGAAAUGAUUGACCUCAGCGAAAAUGCUGUAAAAUUACUAGAGUCCUGCAAAUGCCCAAAGACUGUCCCAGAUAAUUAUGAUUAGUAAUGGAGACCUGUAAUCUCACCAAAAUUACAUUUAGUUGUUUCCUAAGGACUAGAGAUGGCACGUUUUGCCACGUGUUGGAGUUUCCAAUGUGCUUCCUUUACAUGUAGCAUGUGAAAAAUUAUUACUUAGUGCAUCUCGCAAGAGGGUGGUAACUCACGUUUGAGUGGAACUAUACAUGUACAUGAACAUUCUGUUGAAUGUCUGUUGUUUUUCCUGAAAUAUCUUGAUAUUUCAGAGUAAUGUUGAUAAUCUAAAAAUAUUUUUUAUCUCUCUUACCAGAGUCAGCUAAUGUGCCUGUUGUUAGCAAAAGGGUUAAAGAAAAACCGGUGGAGAAAGAGAAAGAGAAAGAGAAGGAAAUCAAACCACAAACUAAACAGAAGAGAUUGCCUCCAGCAGACUUCAAGGUACCAUGUUUACCCGUGGAUAAUAUGCACCCAUCCAGUGAUUUUUGUUACAAAUAGUUGUAAUGAAUCCUGGGACUCAUCUUGUGAAAAAUCACGAGUCCCAGUCCAAAAAACAACCCCAUAGUCUCAAGACAGACUCUGUGUUACAGUUUACUGAAAGAAAAAUAUACUUCUUCUAUUGUAAAGCACAACAAAGACUUAAAUAAGUGUUGUUUAACAACAGCCACAAGAACAGCGACAGAAAUCACACAAACAGGAUAUUCUACAAAAAAACAUCUUUAGAUCGAUGAAUAAAUUGAUCUUUGUGUCCUACGGGACACAUACCACAAAUUAUGUUGCUUCUGUGGACGCAGAGGUAACAAAAUCACUGCCCAUCUAUAAUACACACCCUAAAUGUUACUACAUUUUGGUAAAAAAAAGAAACUUGAGACAAAAGAAAGGAAAAAUAGCCACAUAAAACUUUUUCCGCUUAUUCAUCUUCAGUUUUUUUUGUUUUCCGAAUCUGAAAUAAUUCAUAUCUUCAAAGAAUAAGCCUGUUAGAAGGUAAAUAGAAAUACUUCUUCCAAGAUGGUGGUUAUGUGACCUGUUCCUUUGAUAUGAAGUCUAGCAUUUCUUUGGUAGUUUGCUCAUACACGGUGGGCAUAUGGGACAAAAAAAGUGUAUGCUUCAAACUACUUUUGCAUUUUUUAUUUGUUUGAGCUCAAACUUUGCAGGAUGGUGGAACUUUGUAUUCCAAAAAAUCCUAUGUUUUUCAAUUUCACAAGAUUGAAACAAGAUUGACAACAAAAUUUAAAUUUCAAGUUAUGGGAAAAGAAAUAAAUAAUCUUGAAAGAGUGUGAUGUGAGAGAAAGAAAUGUGAAAAAAAAUUUUGGAAAAGCUCAAUUGCUUUAGGAGAUAUAACAUCAAAAUAGUAACAAAAUGACGGAAAAAACUCUUUAAUCAAUUGAGCUCUUCAAAAAAUUUUUUCACAUUCUAUUCUAUCUUGUUGUGCUUUUUUUAAAAUUAUUUGUUUCGCCAUAUCUUGAAAUUUCAAUUUUGCUCACAAUCUUUUUGCCAUCAAAAACCGUUAAAAUCGUAAAACAAAAAAAAACAGGAUUUUUAACAAUACAAAGUUCUACCAUCCCGCAAAGUUUGCACUCAAACGAAUAAAAAAUGCACAAGUAGUUCCUAGGAUGCACCUCUUUGCACCCUAUGUGCCCACCGUGAUAGCAGAGAGCUUCUAAAUUUGGAGUAACAUAGACAAUGUUUGUCUGUCACUUUUUAGUUGCAAUAAUCACUUCUUCUUUUCCUGUUUCUCAUCUCCUGAGUGGUCUUUUGUUCAUUUAAAACAAGUCUUGUUUAAUCUAAGGUUUAUUCUUGAUCAGUACAGCUGAAACCUGCUUUGUGCAUAACCUGCUUUUAUGUAAGAGAUAGUGACAAAUUGAGUAAAAAUUUAAUGUAGCAAGUUAAAUAUCUGAUUGUCUCACAUUUUUUUUUCAAAAAAAUGACAUUAUCUCCUCCCAACUCUGUCUCCUUAUGUCCCAUAUAUCAACAUGUUGUAAGAUUUUACCGUUUGUGUCAUUUUUGUUUUAGCCAUCUAAACUGAUAGAUGCCCUGAAAGCUUUAAGGAACUUUGAGGGUGAACUAACACUUAAGGAAUCUCAGUUGAAUUCGUUGAGGAUUGAUGCAUCUGAUUUGGAAAGUGUGCGUCAGUUGAAAGGUUUGUCCUCAUUUAAAAUACCAGUUUUAUGACAAAAAGAAAUUGCUUGAGAAUGCCAAUAAAUUUAACUGUAAUAUAACAUAAUGGGCAUUGAUGUAUUAAUGUUAUUGUCACAUCUUGAAAUGGAUUUUUUAUGAUGUUUCUUUGUUAAAGAAUUUUGUAUUUCAUUUUAGAAGCGGUUUUGACAGGUCAUCAUUUUUGGCUUUUGUGGAAUUUUUGAUGCAAUUUUUACUUUGCAUUGAAUUGCAAAUUAGGAUGACCAUUUUGUAUAAAACUUUAUGAUCAUUAAGUAGUCUUUAUAUAAAAUGCUUGUGCUGAUCAGCAUUCCAUUGUAUUCCAUUAUAUCAGUCAUUAAACCUGUGAGGCUGAAUUCAAAGCCCUCCCAACUUUUCAGUUUGUAUUUUACUACAGUAGGUUUAAAGGUCCUUGCAGGUGAUGAAUUCCGUGCGUUCAAGUAGUCAUUUCCUCCUGAGCCAUUGCACAUUUUAAAAAACGUAUAAUACUGUACCCCUAGCCUGUUCAUCCUGGCUUCUAUUGAGAAACCCGUCAUGAGUACAAUUAAUAUAAGGCUGUAUUUCAUUCUCUCCCACCCUUAAAAAAGUAGAUCAUAUGUUGUAGAUAAUAAAUAUUGAAAUAAAUGAUGAUGAUGAUUCUAUUCAAUGUUUACAUAUGAAACGGCUAGCUGCACGGCGAAUUACAAUGUAUAAAGUCCUAUAAUUAGUUACAGAUGAAAACACAUUCUACCAGUUUAUCUUAUUUUAAGUGACUGAAGCCAAUCCAAUGUUUAAGCGUUGUUAAAAACAGCCAGGGAUAAGGUUUUAGCCACGGCAAAGCUAAGGAUUUGGCAUGUUGCGGGUCAAAAGGCUAUUCAAUACCAUUCUUUCAGAUCGGCAAUUCAGGAGGCUGCAUUCUUUUGUUUGGGAAAACAAAGCCAAAACAAUGAAGCAUUAAACAGUGAAUAACAAAAGCGAAAGCUAGUUUCAAAAACGCGCUGUCAAACUAGUUAACGGGCAUGUGCUUUGCGUGUCCGUUGGUCGCUUAUCUCUGAGCUGUACUGUAGACAGCUCCUAAAAGUCUUCUCGAUAAGUUUGCGAAAAUCAAUACAAAACACCAUUAUAAUACGCGAUUAUCUACAAAAGAAUGUUUCUCUGUCAAAUUCUCUAGAACUGAAAAAGUGAAAAAAUCUUUUACUACUUUCUGUUAAGACUCUCAACUUAUUUAAUUUUCGUAAAAAAAUUAAAUCACUACCCCUUAAUGUUCUAGGUAAUGAAGAUAAUUAUUAAAUUAUUUAAUAGAAUAUUUUAUGAAGUUAACUUGAUAUGUUGUAUAUACCUCCAGUUGUAAUUUUAGUCUUUUUUAAGUAACAAAGUCCCCUAUACUUGAAUUUAUAUGUAAGGUGUUUCUUUCUGUAUGUUAUUGUAUUUCUUUUCUUUUCUUUUUUCUUAUGUAGUUCAAUAACGUCUCUAUUCAAAGUCUUGUCCUGCCUAGAUUAGCAUUAUAGCUAUUUGCAGGACAUAAAGUAUUGUAACUUUAUAUUUCUUUAAAUAAAUACAUUGUUGUUGUUGUUGUUGUCACUAUGUUACUAAUUAAUAUUAAAACAAAUGUAUUAUUGUUAUUUUGUUUAACAAGCACAGGUACAGAUGUAAUGUAAUGUUGCCUUGUUUUGUCCUAGAUCGCACUGGUGGUGGAAAAUUUUGUGAAGAAUAUGAACUGGCCACUGCCAAACUUGAGGAGUUUUCAGAAAUACUGCGAAGAGAGCAACAAGAGAGACUUGAUGUAAUUAAAGCAUUAGAGGAUGGGGAAGCUUUCUAUGAUACUUCGUAUGGAGAAGUAAAAGUGAUAGUGCAUGUAAGUGGAAUGGGGUAUUAUUAUGAUAAUCAGGUAUACAUGUAGCCUCUGUGUGGUUAAGCUACUGUUAUAUGGGGGCACAUUGGUGGCUCGUUUUUUAAGGGAGCUACGUGUACAUGUAUGUCGAGCAAUUUCGCCAAAUUCAAGCAUUACAAAUCAGUUGUGUAGGAGCUGCUGGGAAGGUCUCUCCUGAUUGGUCACAGAAAACAAUGACAUGUUAUUCUUUCAAUUGUUUCAGUAUUGUUUGGGGUCAGGGUUAGGCACCAUUGGUGACUUCUUUUCUGAGCAGCUGCCACAUGACCCUUACAAACAGGAGGUGGCCCCCAAACUGAGUGAAAAAUAAAUUAUUAGUUUUGUUGCUUUGAAAAAAUUGAAGAAGAAUUACACAAUUUGCAGACUCCAUUUAUUUCAAAAACUGGCAGUUUUAAGUUCGUUGUACUUGUGAGUUUGAAUCAUAGUUUCAGAGACAUAUGUUUUGUGUAUUAUUGUGAGUUUCAGUGUGAGUAACAUUGUUAGUCAAUCCCUAGAUCUUUAAUAUUGGUUUCCAUGCCAUGCUAUUGUCACGUACAUCUACAUUACAUGUAUAUUAGGGUGUGUAUAAUGUUUGAAAUAUUAGAGAUUAACAAACCAUUUUUGUCGUCAUAGCUUGUUGUCAGUAUAAGGGACAUUAAUUUUAGCACUGUCUUUUGUUGAUGGUUUUCUGAUGAAGACUGUUUCAUGAGGGAUUUAUUUUUUAUUGAAGUCAUUUGCUCCAAACUACUGUAAGAAUAGUUUUUCUACCAUGUUUCUUACUUGAUAACCAUUCUCCAAGCCAAGGAAACUUGUCUUUCAGUGGAAAGCUUAUUAGUGUUUCAAAACAAUGAAAUGGUGGCCUUGUUAGUGUUUUAAACCAGUCCUGUAGGAGUUUAACCUUUUUCUUAUGUAAACACCUAACUUUCUUUUGUUGCAAUAAGUUUGCAUACUUGUAGCUGCUAGCCAUGUCAGUAGAAAAGCUCUGUUGCAUUUAGGUAUAUGAUACCCUGAAUAGACAUUAUUUGACAGUCCCUUUUGUAAACUCCAUUUUUAGGCUUACAAGACGUUUGGCAAUCGCCUUACUUCACUGAAAAAGAAAGUUGAUGCCAAGGUUAACAGGCUUGCUGAAAAAGCAGCAGAGAAAGCCAAAACAGGUCCUGUGACAGCACCACAAGCUUCUUUUUUGAGUUCAGGUCUUCCUGAUGUUGAAGUGGGAUCAGCGUCAUCUACCCCUUCACAAACACAACAAGAAACAGUUAAAUCUCCCGAUGAAGAAAAACUCAUCGAUCCCACAGUAGACAACAUUGAAGUCGCCGAUAUGGAUGUGGAUUCUGACAGUGAGAAAUCAGACACAAGUGAGGAAGCAACGGUGGAAGAUCCCAAAAGUAGUAACGAUCAAACUCCCAACUCUACCGAAAGCUCGGAUUCACAAACAGCACAGACUACUCCAAAAGAAUCUGAAACUACUCCAGUAGUUUCUCCUGCUGCCAGUGUGGCUCCUGCCCAACCACUUACCCCGAGUAUGGUUUCUGUGAUGCCAGUGCCUACCUCGUUAUUGGCAAAUCAGGGGCCAGUGGUUGCUGCGCCUCAGCCUGCAGUUGGAAUGGUAAUUCGUCCAUUUGUGGGUGUACAGGGUCCCCGUUUUCAUAGUCCUGCACCUCAGUUUAGACCUGGAAUUCCUCCGCUACAACCUCUUCCUGGUAUACCUCAGAAUCCAUUGUUGCAGCCAUCAGGGAGGUUAGCUGCGCCUGGGCAACUCUCGAGUCAAGGACAACCCUUUUCACAAAUACCUCAACCAGCCGGUCUACUGCCUGCUACAAAUACACCAAUACCACGUGGCAUUGGGGCAAUGCAAACGUUUGCACUGGGUACUGGCUUUGUACAGAGCCAAGCACCAUUGCCAGUUGCAGCAACAACUGUACCAGCACCUGUUCAGAUGACACCUAACUUAGUCCCAGUCGGUGAGACAAGUCAAGUUAGUGGUGGACCAGCAAAGAAUGUUGCUAGUAUAGGAUCACCUGAUUCAGAGGCGUCUGCUCCAUCACCAGUAGGAUCACCAGAGCUGCACUUAGAGGAAGGUGAUGAGACACCAGAGACAACUCCAGCUCCCCUCGGUGAUGUAGAUGUUAAAGACAACACUGGUUUCGACACUAACAAGUCAUUUUUAGAAACUCAGGUAAAGAACCCGACAUCUAGUUUGGGACUUGGUAUCACUGGGACUUCCCCUACGGCUCAAGCUAUUUCCGAGGCUUCCUUAUCUUCCAGUAGCACACCAUCUAAUUCUGACCAGUUUGGAGCACAGCAACAGGAUGCAACGUUAGUGAAGAAAGACAGUGGACAAAAAGUGAGUGCUGUUGACAUCUUGGCACAGCUACUCAGUAGAGGAAGAAAGUUAAAGGAAGCAGCUGACCCAGAAAAUCCCCCUGCGUCUGUACCUGUUACCCCCACAGUUGCUGCCUCUGCCACCACCAGUGAUGACUCUGGAAAUCCACAGGCUAAACCGCUUCUGUCUUUAAUUGACUCUUUAUUUCCCAAGCUAAGUGACUCUAUAAAAACUCUUAAAGAAAAGGAACAGUCUGUGAAUCCCCCCGCGACACAAGAUCACCCUCCAAGCAUGCCAGGUGAUAGCGCUCCCACCACUUUACCUGCUCGUCCUUUGCCCGUAGAAGGCCAAUUUAUGCCCCAUCCUAAAGGCAUUGUACGGGAACCGUCUUCAUCCUUACAGACAGGACUAAAAAGCAUUCUCAAAAAAGGACCCAGGAAAGACCAAGACCAGCCCGAAUUUGAGACAAACCAGGAAGGACCUACGCCCUCCAACUUGUCAGAAGAAGUGCAAAUGGGAAUGCCUUUCGAUGUGCGCCCUGUUGUUGCACUUUCUGGUCAUGGUCAUGAUUUGCGACAGUUGGAGCUGCAUGGUAUCCGACCGCUUGCCAACACUACUGGCGCGAUGCCUGCAUCAACAAACCAUCUUUCUCAACCGGGACUAAACUUACAAAAUCCUUCUGUCAGAGGAGCUAUCCUACAAGAAAGGCCUUUUGGUCGACCACUGGACCUGUCACCCCACGGCCCACCCCCAUUUGGACAUGGUGGCCCUUUCCAAAGGCCCCAUGGUACUCCGUUUGACCAGUCCAGAGGAAUUACAGGGCUACCAUUUACUGAAGGGCCGACAGAUAUGCCAGGACCACCUCGUGUUCAUUCACCAAGAGGUCCGUCAUUUGAAAGACGUGCUGAAGAGCCACCCGGUCGUGUGCCCACUGAUCAACCUCUACGUGGCCAUUCUCCUAGAAGACCACCAGAUGUGCCUGAACAAAUACCCCUACACCGUCCUCCACAUGGCCAUAUUCCAAGGGGUCCUCCAUUUGAAAGACGACCUGAAGGGCCACCAGACAUGCCCGGUAAAGGAACUACUGAUCAACCACCUCACCGUCUUUCUCCAAGAGGGCCGCCCACAGAAGUACCGGAACGCACACCACCCCUUGGUCCACCAGCAGAUAUUUCGGAGAGAGUACCUCCAAACCAGUCACCUAAUACUCAACAGAGACCUCCAGAAAAUGUCCAUCACAGAUCGGUAGCAGACGCCGCUCCUCCACAUUCUGGUGGGAGCAAGCCAUCAGAAGUACCAGCAGAUGAGAGCCAUCCAAGCAGUAAAGACCAGGGCAGUCACAUGGAUGGACCGCCAGGGAUGAGGAGGCUUUCAGCCGAAAAUGCAGCUAGAGGUCUUCAUAGGCAACCAUCCCAUGAGAAAAUCCCCAGAAGUGAUGGCCCACCUCCUCACCGUGCAUCUUUUCCAGGGGCCAUGGAGGACCCUGAGCGGCGAAGAGAGUUUGAGCCCUGGGAAGAAUAUCGAAGAGAGCGGUAUAGAGAUCGUCCGAGGGGCCCAUGGGACUUUCCUCAUGAUCAUCCAGGGCACCCUUCUUCUGAAUGGAGGGGUCCACCUGUUUUACAUCGCGGUGAUCCAAAUGGAGGAGAUUUUCGGGAAGACGAUCCUUCUAUGUGGACUUCAUUUGAUACCCCAGAAAACAUACCUCGUCAGUUUGAUUUUCCUAGUAGAACUCGUGAAAGAUUUAGAGAAGGCCCUCCUGACUUUGAUAGGUUUCGCGGUUAUGGUCCACCCGAAAGAAGGCGGCACUCUAUGGGAGACUUUGAAGGUGACUGGGUGCGCUAUCCAGGACCUUUGAAAAGACCCGGGCCUCCACCUGUUCCAUUUCCGGGGCCCUCAAAGCGCCCCUAUUUCUAAUUUUCUAACAUGAAGUUUUCUCUCGUUGAUUCUCCUGGAAAUCCAAGACUUGCAUUGGAAAUAAUAGUGUGAAAUUUAUAACGCAAUCGUCGUCCUGCUCAAACUCGAGGGUUAUCAUGAAUUUCUCGUAGGGUACAUACGUUUCUUUAAUUUCUAUGUAAAAUUCUUUAGUUCCUUAAUACGCUCAUCCCCAAGAGUGGCAGAGGUAGGACGCGAAAACUGAAAAAUAUUAACGCAAGGCGGGGCUUUUGGCUUCAAUAUAAACGCCGAUACAUGUACGUGGAGUUCGUAUCCCUUUCAGGGAAGAUUUUUCAUCAUUUUGUGGGACUUUCAGUUAAACUUUGUCAGGGUCUGUUUUCUCUGUGAUUUACAGUUAGCGUUUCGUAAGAGUCUAACAUCUCCUAAUGUACCUUUUCCCCUCCCACACCCCCAGCCUCGUGCGAAACUCUGAAGUGGUAUUUCACUUUCCUUAUUUCUGUCAGGCAGGGGGAGAAAGAAGAGUUUUUCCUCUGAGCUAGGUUGUUACGUAAAUAGUACAUUGUUCAGUGUUUCUUUGUGAUGUUCGAUUGUUUGCUUGGGAAGAACCAGUCCUCUGAAAACGAGAAAGUGAUCGUCUCCAAUACACUCAAUAGCUGUUAAACGCAAUCUAAUUGGAUCAUUAAAUUUAAAUGGACUUUAUUAUUAUACCUCGAUUAUCUGGUUCUUGCACAGAACAGUCGUAGGCGGGCCCAGUUUUGUUGCGUUUUGUA